UUGCUAAGACCAGAGAUGGCCGGCUGGCAAGGAAGCAACAGUUCUGUCAGCAGCAAUGAGACAGAUUUAACAAUUGGUUUCACCUCAUCAGCAAUAGCAGUCUUCUUAUUUGGGACAAACUUUGUACCGGUUAAGAAAUUUGACACUGGUGACGGGAUGUUCUUCCAGUGGAUUCUCUGCACUGCUAUCUGGAUAGUUUCAUUAAUCGUCAACCUUAUUCAGAACUGUCCUAGAUUUUGGCCUCUUGCUAUGGUUGGGGGCUUCUUAUGGGCUACAGGUAAUGUAACAGUUGUCCCCAUUGUUAAAACCAUUGGGCUGGGCCUUGGGCUCUUAAUCUGGGCUUCUUUUAACUUGCUAACUGGUUGGGCAAGUUCAAGGUUUGGUUGGUUUGGAAUUGAUCCAGAAGUGGUAGAAAAGCCAGUCUUAAACUAUGUUGGAGCUGGACUUUCAGUGUUAAGCACUAUCCUGUUUCUUUUUGUAAAAACUGAUAUUCAGAGUUCUUCGUCGUCAUCAGAAAGCACUCCAUUACUAAGAGAACAUUCCAUCAAUACUUCUGAACGUAGGAAUGAAAUCAGGAACGAUGUAUCUUGGGUGGACAAUUUUUCUCCAGUGGGAAAGAGAAUUAUAGGCUGUUCCCUGGCUGUGAUAGCUGGAAUACUAUACGGUUCUAGUUUUGUGCCCGUGCUUUACAUCAAGGACCAUGGCAGAAGAAAUGGAACAACAUAUACAGGAGCGAGUCAGUUUGAUUUAGAUUAUGUCUUUGCGCACUUUAGUGGCAUCUUCCUUACAAGUACCAUCUACUUUUUGAUCUACUGUGCAAUAAUGAAAAAUCAUCCUAAAGUGUAUCCUGAAGCCAUAAUCCCAGGAUUUGUUUCUGGCAUAUUGUGGGCACUAGCUAAUUGCUGUUGGUUCCUAGCAAAUCGUUACCUCAGUGCUGUGGUCAGCUUUCCAAUAAUCACUGCAGGGCCUGGAUUUAUAGCUGCAAUGUGGGGAGUCCUGGUCUUUAAAGAAAUAAAGGGUCUGAAAAAUUAUUUUUUACUCUCAAUAGCCUUUUGCAUUAUUUUGGCUGGGUCACUCUCAACAGCUUUUUCUAAAGUCUGAAGAACAUCAUUUGAACCAACAGAUGGCAGCAGUAGUAAAGACAUUUAAGACGUUCCGAAAGAUUGUUUAUUUUCUU